CUCCAUCACAUGAUUCGUCUCUUGUGACAAUCAGCCAGAAAGGGAAAGCCUUUCUGACUUUCCAGCUAAAAUAUAAAGCGCUGUUAUGACACAUAGCUGCUGUUUUGGUAUUGAAGGACCAACUUCAAGGGGAGGAAAUGAAGUUACGUUGACAUUUCCUGCCUAACUCGCAUCAUUCCGGUCUUUAUAUUUGGGACAGCCAGCGGAAACCAAAGGUUAUUGCGUCGCUUGUGACUAAGUUGGCGCAUGGAGAGGGACAAAGUUUCGUUUCUGCGCUGCGUGUUUUCUUUAUUUGUGUCGCCCCCGUGCGUUUGCCGCCUUCGUGUAGCUCGUCGAGUUUAGAAGUUUAAGGAUUUUCGAGCCGUUUUCGCUGUGAAAAGACUGAGUCGAGUUGAGGACACCCUACGUCCCUAGAGAUGGUGGACAGUAAACCUCUGAUUCAGGACAGACCUCCCGCCUACAACGCAGUUCCCGGGGCGUAUGAAUACGGCCCGCAGCCGCAGCACGGCUACGGAGCCAUCCCCGCCGCGGGCCCGCCACCCUACCAGUUCCCCGAUGGCCGUGCGUUCCCGUCAGCCCAAAUGGGCCCUGCUGUUUCCCAGCAGCCCUGCGUUGGGACCUACGCCAUCAUCCAGCCCUCGGUAGUGGUGGUGGGAGGUUGUCCUGCGUGCAGAGUGGGGGUCUUGGAAGACGACUUCACCUGCUUGGGGAUCCUGUGUGCCAUCUUCUUCUUCCCGUUGGGCAUCCUCUUCUGCUUCGCGCUGCGCCAGAGAAGGUGUCCCAACUGCGGCGCCACCUUUGGUUAAAGGGACCAAACUGCAGCUCUCUCUCACGCACCAGUCCUGCAUUUUUCUUUUUCUUUUUUUAAUGUUGCAUCAAAUUGUUUAAACACAUUCUAGAAAUGUUUCCAAGAAUUGUGCGAGUUUUUCCUGCAAGUAAAGGAUAUGUGGUAGCACACGCUGAGCUUUUUGUCAGUGCCUUCACUACAUGCUGACUGAUUAUUUUUGCAUUUCUGCAAGUUUUGGGAUUUUUUUCCCCCCAUUUUUUUGUGGAGCCAUAACAAAUUAAGGCAGUUAUAUUAUUUUAAAUUGCUAGUACACAUUUGCUUUUAGCGAACAUUGUAAUUGCCAUUAUUGUACAAUUAGUUUUAUUUUUAGAAAAUGCAGACCACUUUCUGAAUUAUAUUUUUCUUAAUGUUUCUACUGAACGGCAAACUUGUUUGAGAAAUCCUGUGUUUCUUGGGGCCAUUUUCACACCGACGGUUUGAGUUUUCUGCUGGAUUUCUUUUUUUUUUUUUUUUUUGGCCAAUGCAGACCUCAGGAACAUAAGUUUAAAUGUGUUUUUUUUUUUUUUAAAGAGUUGCCUCCAUCUUGAAUAGUUUUUAAAGAUGGUAUUCAGAGCUUCAAUCCAAGAACUAUCUGGAUCUGAUCUCCACUGUGUGACCACCCCAUGCUGACAAUCAACAGAACGUCUUUGUUCUCACGUCUGUCGGUUUCGUCUUCCAUGUCAAAGCAUAAGUUUAUGUAAAACUAAUGGGAAAGUUUCAGGAAAAUUUGCUUUAGUAAACACUCUGCACGCUCUCCUGAUGGAGGCUCCUACUUUUAUAUGAGUUAUUGUAAUUAAAAUGCUACCUGUGUUUGACUUGCAUAAAAGGUGCAAUCGAAUUGAAAUAAAAACUUCAAUACAUGAA